AGUUAAUGCGAGAGUUACAUUGAGUGUAUCUUUCAUUGCUUUCUUCGGGUUCCCAAGCACAAUUUUACUAUGAAAUAAAGCAAGAAUAUGAUGUUUGAGGUGCGGAGGGCUGGAAGAAGAGGAUGAACUGCCGAAGUACCAUGGCAGAAUUCUGGAAGGAACACUAUUCAAGCAUCUUACAAGAAAUGAUGCUGGAUUCGAAUGCCGAAGAGCUUAACAAAGAGGAACUGCCAGAAAUAUUGUCAUUGUUACCUGACUUUUCUGGCAAACGGGUGAUUGAACUUGGAGCUGGAAUAGGGAGAUUCACAAGUGAAUUUGCAGCAAAGGCAGAAAGGGUUGUUGCAGUAGAUUUCAUGCAAGACUUCAUGGACAAAAAUGAGAAAACAAACAAGGACUUUGGCAAUAUUGACUUUAUCUGUAAUGAUGUAACACAGCUGACUCAGGAAGUAGAAAGUGCAGACCUGAUUUUCUCCAACUGGCUCUUGAUGUAUCUGGAAGACCAGGAGAUUCAAAAACUGUUAGUCAAACUCUUGUCCUGGCUAAAGCCAGGUGGACACUUUUUUCUUCGAGAGUCAUGCCGAGACCCAUCAGGUGAUAAACAGCGUUCUCAGAAUCCAACACAGUAUCGUGAUCAUACCAUUUAUGAAGCUUUUAUGGCAUCUACCAUUCAACAUGAAGGAGACACAGUCUAUGGAUUUGAUCUCGUUCUCUCCAAAUCUAUUGACACAUACAUUAAGAGGAAAAACAACCUCAAUCAAAGAAUGUGGCUGGUACAGAAAGUAAAGAGAGACAUCUCCAAAACACAUGGUUUCAAAACUUUAGAUUUUCUUGACAACCAGCAGUACACUGAAAAAGGAAUCCUAAGAUAUGAAAAAAUUUAUGGGAGAGCAUUUGUCAGCACUGGAGGUCUUGAAACAACAAAGGAAUUUGUCAGCAUGCUUAAACUUCAACCUGGACAGAAGAUACUUGAUGUUGGGGGCGGCAUUGGUGGUGGUGCUUUCUACAUGGCCAAGGAGUUUGGGGUGAAGGCAACCAUUCUUGAUUUGUCAUCAAACAUGACACAGAUUGGCCUUGAGAGAGCACAGGAGCUUGGCAUUGGUCCAGAUGAAGUGUGCUUCGAAAUAGCUGAUGCCACAAAGCGGGAGUAUCCCCGAGAAUUAUUUGAUGUGGUUUACAGUCGUGAUACCAUUCUCCACAUUGAAGACAAACUCUCUCUUUUCAAAAAAUUCUUUAAAUGGAUAAAGCCAGGAGGCAAGGUGCUUAUUUCUGACUAUUGCUGCAGUGAUGGCCCUCAUUCUAAAGAAUUCAAAGCUUAUGUUGAACAGAGAGGUUAUAAUCUCCUUUCUCCAGUACAGUAUGGCAAGCUUCUGGAAGAAGCUGGGUUUAUCCAUGUUCUUGCUGAAGACAGGUCUGAACAGUUCACUCAGAUUCUACACAAGGAACUUGAAAAAACUGAAUCCAUUAGAGAAGAGUUUAUUAAGGAAUUUAGUGAAGAGGACUACAACUAUAUUAUAAAUGGCUGGAAAGAUAAAGUACAGAGAGCGGGUCAAGGUGACCAAAGAUGGGGACUCUUCAUGGCAGAAAAACCAGAAGCUGUUUGAUAAUAAAUUUAUUAGAGCAGUUGAAUCAUGAUUGAAUGCUGUCAGUUUAAUGUGUUUUGUUUCAUGUCUAACUUUUGGCCAGUAAAAAAGUAUAUUUUUUGGUGCAAAAAUACCAUUUAGCAAUCACAUAUGAUGGAUCUCAGUGGAAGAAUGGAGAGUGGGAAAUGAUAAAAAUAUCUCAAGUUACUGGUCCUAAAUAACUUAUCCAGCAGGUUUUGAUAUACAGCUUGGCUUCUCGGUGGUUUGUUGUCUAUGACUCCUGCUGAUCAUUGACUAAACUGAUGCUUUGCACUGGCAAAGACCAUUCAAAGUAAAGGUUGGGAGCUGAAAUGAUCACACUUCUGAGUGCCAGGAGGAUUGUAUGAACAGAAUGCCCCCAUAGAUGUCUCCAACACUUUACUUGAACUUGUGAGGCAUGCAUAUUUUACAUGCGUAGGUUUUGCUUCUUACAAUUAUUGUGUUGGACCUAAUAUGACAUUAAACCUAACAUUCCUAUAUUCAAAGAUGAAACAUAAUUCCCUAUAUAGUUUAUCCUUUGUUUACUACUUUGCUGUGCUUUAGGGCAAGCAGCUAGCUAACAAAGAUUGACUGCCUUCUUUACACUGAAAAGUAUUGAUUUUUGUUUUGUUUUGGUGUCCGAUAUUUGUGGUAAGAACCAAUCAAGAAAGAGCAUGUAAAAGGUGUUAAAAAUGCUUUACAUGAGAAAUAUAAUAAAAGUGAUACAAAUGA